AUGCUGUUGCUCCUGAUUGCAAUCGCUGCUUCGCCCCUGAGGGGCGCAGGGAGCACAUGCACGGCGUUGAGGAACAGGAACAUCUUCUCAACAGUAGAAGUGAAGGUGGGAACACCACCGCAAGUCUUUGACCUGGUGGCAGAUACAGGCAGCAGCAGCUUGAUCGUGCAGUCAUGUGUUUGCCAGGAGAUGGGCUCUUGUCCUUACACCUUUGGCAGGUGCUUUCGUGGACAUGACAAGUCCUCCACCUUCUCAAUCCCAAGGUCUUCGAGGCAAGAUGCCAAAGCAGGUCCAGAAAUUUGGAUCUUGACCUAUGGUAGCGGUGACAUUGAGGCCGUUGUCGCCAGUGAUGAGGUGUCUGUGGGAAACUAUACGGCUCAUAUGAAUAGCAGCCUUUUACUCAUGGUGAGCCAAGCGCUGAACUUUGACGAUGCUGGCUUUCAGGGCAUCCUGGGCCUUGGGGUGCCAAACCUCACUGCGAGGAUCCGCCGCGGCAGUGGUGGUGCCGGUACCUCUCACAGGCAGCCGGAAGUCCUGACCACGUUCUUGGAUGAAGCGCAGGUGAAACGCUUCUCCUUGUGUUUCAACUCUGGGGCUGAUGGUGUUCUGGGUCUGGACUACCCCGCGCCAGAGAAGCUCCUGCCGAUCUUAUCCACGGAUCAUUGGGCCUUGAGGGUGCAAGGCACCAGUGUAGCUGGGCAAACGGUAUCAGCGACCAAGGACGGGCAGUUGGCAAUCCCUGACUCGGGCACCACGCUCAUCACAGGACCACAGACAGAAAUAGCUUCUUUGAUGGAGACUAUUUGUGACAAGUGGCCUCGAUGUAAGCAAGCCCAAGACGAUCUUGCAGCUGCGAUGGUGCAGAGUGACGUUUCUGUAUCAGGGAAUGAAGCUCGAUCCAGCAUCCGCAGGCUCCUGGUAGCAAAGUCCCAAUGGCACAAAGGUUUACCUCCUGCCCUCUUGGAGGCAGCGGAAUUCACCCAUCCCUCUCCAUCGGGAGUGAUGGCGCUGCAGAUGCUGCUGGAGGAUUGUGGCAGUUGGAAGAAGGGUGUGGAUCUAGAUGCAGAGAUGCCAGCGAUCGAGUUUCGCCUUCAAGGCGCAGAUGGCGCCCAACAGGAUAUCCAGCUUCUUCCAAGCAGCUAUAUUGCAGAAGUGUCCUCCGAAGCCUUGGUUUGGAGCCAAAAAUACUUGUUAGGUAUUCUGCCAUACUGGUGGCCCGAGACUGAAGAGGAGUCCAGUUGUGCGAUCCUGCUGGGCACUGCCAACUACACAGGAAUGGAUCAGGUGUGGAUUCUGGGGACACCCCUCUUCUACAACCGCCGUGUGCACUUUGACCUCAGUACUCUUCAGAUCGGUUUCAGUGACGAACCUUGUGGCAGCUGUGACUCAGGGAACUACGAGACGGUAGGGAAUCCUUCUUUGGUCCAAGGUGCUACACCCAUGCGCCAGUUGAGACAUCCGGGACGGGUUCCGUGGCCCAGAGCCUUUGAAUCUCUGAACCACUAA